CAGAACUCUGUCUUUCCCUCUAUUUUCUUGCGAAGAUGAAAUGUCUAUAUCUUAUUUACCGCAAAAAUUCUUUAACGACAAUCCAUGAAGAGGAGUGAGCGCAGAUGGUUUUAAAUUAACUACUGCCCUCUAGCGACGACAACGAGUAUCGGCGGUCAUGCUUCCUCGAGAACAGUGCUACUAUUGUCGUUCAAGCUGAAGAAGGGCAGAAGAAUUCUGUUAUAAGUAAGUAGUAAAACCUGAUGCUACUCAAAGCAAGAACAACUUCCCUUUUCGGAGUGCCAGCAGGCAACAUGCUCCUGCUUCUCCGCUUGCUCCUUCUUGGUGCCCUCCCAACGGCGCUGGCCGAUGUCGCUUCUGUCGUUGACUGUACUUAUGUGAUGGUGUGCAUUACAACCUCAGAAGAUGGGAUGGUGUUUUCAGUCUUGACAUGAGAUCUUCAACACGAUACUAGAUAUGUACACUUUUUUCGAAGGUACAACUAGUACUUUCUUAGACAUGAGUUUGCAGUAUCAGUUUCUUUCAAUGAAAAAGAAAAACAAGAAAGUGUUGUAAAGAUCCCAGUACUGCCUGCGUCCCCAACAAGUUCUAACAUUCCAAUGCCGGCGUUGUUGGGGACGCAGGCAGUACUGGGACACGUAUAUACGUGGUGUAUAACAUGACGAGUGACGCCGGAAGCCCCGUGAUCGAGACGAUCGGCAAGCAGCAAGGCGGUCUGGCAAAGGUAGGUGCUCAAGCAGCGUUCGCUGGUGGACUCGCAGAACUUCUAAGAGUUAAGGCAUCGCAUCUAUAGAGGCAGAAGAUAGAAGUACUGAAUUAUAUGAACUCCAUUGUCCUCGUCAGUACUACACGUCAUGCAUAUUAUUUUGGUACUACUCAUCAUGGCCGUCAGUACGAACAUGAACAUUGACGACUCCCUCACUGCGCAACGUCUAAGAAAGAGGCCUAUGCAAGGCUUAAGGCGCUCGGUUGCACAGCUGGAAAGCAGCGCUCACUUGAGGAAAUGAGUGCUCUGAUGUCAUCGAGUCAGGACAGUUUACAGCCAAAUAACCACAAUAGGAACAUCAGUUCGAGUUCUUCGUCAUCAACAAUUGCAGCACUUGGGGAAGCAGGUUUAUUACCCCCGUCGAUGUUUGAGGUUGGUGCUGGUGCAGAACUGGAAGAUGGGGAACCUUUCGACUAUCCAGUUUUACCCCUGGGCAGCUUAGCAGUUAUGGGAAUGGACUUCUCUGAGUAGAUUACAUCUUCUUGAAUACCUAUAAUCCUCUAUUCUCAUUGGUCUUCAUAGUUCUAAUUCACAAUUUUCCGGUCACCAAAACACGGCAAAGCCUGUAUCUGGAGGCGCCGUUAUGGGCUUCCUGGCUGUCUUCGGGGAUAUGUACGAGUGGCUUUCCCAAAUGAUGAACAGCAUGUCACAUUGGACCCCUAGUGGAGGAGGUGGAAAAAGUAGUGGUAAAGGAGGUAAAAAUGCUUCAGGCCUGAGAGAAGAUGCCGGCUCAUCUGGAGGUUUUAGCGCCUCAGCAGCAGCAGAAGGAAAGGUGGGCGAAGUCAGUUCAUCUUCUUCUAACUCGAAAGAGCAUGACAGUAAUAGUCCUGCAAAUGUUAACGCUGCAGAGGAAGAGGGAGGAGAUGAUGAUGACAAGAACGAAAGAUCAAUAGAGCAGGAGGAUAAGGAAGCUUCUUCAACAUCCUCCAAUGAUGACAAGAACGAAAGAUCAAUAGAGCAGGAGGAUAAGGAAGCUUCUUCAACAUCCUCAUCUGAUGAUGACAAAGGUCGAGAGAACAAGUCAUCAAAAAAAGAUAAAAAGAACAACAAGGCCGCAGCAAAUAAGAACAAAAAGAACAACACCGAGGACAAGGACAAGAAGACAUCAAAACCAAAGGCAGAAGACAUCAAGACCAGCAAUGAUUCAGUUGAGAACCCAAGACGUAGUUUAUCAGCAUCUCCCGGCACCAGACCAGCACCUCUAG